ACACAUAUUUCCUUUAUCGUGAAACAACUGUCAUGAAGAAUGAAAUGUGCACGUUGCAAUGAGAGGCCACCAACACUAAGGCGAUGUGCAAGCAGACUUCCGUAUUGUAGACAAUGUUUCAUCAAUGAGUUUGAAAAGGAGGUGUACGACUUGAUUGAGGAACAUAAACUUAUAGUUGACGGAGAUGUUGUUUGUAUUGGGGUAUCCGGUGGCAAAGAUUCCUCAGUUCUUGCCCAUGUGCUGGCUACCCUAAAAGAAAGAUACCAUCGCAAAUGGACUCUUUAUCUAUUGGCUGCCGAUGAAGGCAUCAAAGGCUACAGAGAUGAUUCUUUGGGCGUAGUCAUGGGUAUGAGUAACCCUAAUUAUGAUGGGUUGAAAAUACUAAAUUUUAAAGAAAGAUUUGGAUUUGAUAUGGAUGAAGUAGUAUCGUUAAUUGGGCAGAAAAACAACUGUACUGUCUGUGGUACUUUUCGACGUCAAAUAUUGGAGAUUGGCGCGAGGAUGCUUGGCGCCAACAAGCUGUGCACUGGACACAAUAUAGACGAUAAUGCUGAAACCGUUCUUCUCAACAUAUGCAGAAACGAUUUGUUCAAAUUGGCAAGGAACCUAAACAGUCUGGAUUCAGUGGGUAGUACUGCCAAAAUGGGUGACAAAUCUACUGCCGACUUACGUGAGGUUACUGCAUCUACGACAUCAGGUAUGCAUAUUAAUAAUGAAGCAACACCCGUUGGAGACUCAUAUCAUUCCAUGAUUUACAAGGAAGCUAAAUCAGACGUUUUGGUUACUGAUCAAACUAAAUCUACUCGCUUCAUGCCACUAUUAUACGAUACAAAAAUGGAUGAGUGUGAUACUCAAAUAACGGCCGAAAUGUCUCAAAAGCUACAUCUAUCGGAUAAAGGUCAUGAGCUACUUCGCAUAAAGCCAUUGAUGCAUUGUUACGAGAAGGAAAUCGUUAUGUAUGCACGAUAUCUCAAUUUAGAGUAUUUCUCUACGGAAUGCAUUUAUGCUCCGGAGGCAUACAGGGGAUACAUGAGAACGUUCAUCAAGCAGUUAGAAGCUGUAGAUCCUCGAAUAAUUCAAAACAUUACUUAUUCUUCGGAGCAGUUUUACGCGAGUUACCUUUCCAAUCGAAAAGUGAACGUUUGCAAAAAAUGUGGCAUAGAGGGCAUCAAUGAUUUGUGCAAAGCUUGCAUUUUAGUCGAGAAGCUUACGGCGCUCCGAUCUAAUGCAAAUGAACAUAUUAAAGUUGCUCACAGCAGCUAAUACAC